AUGCCGCAGAGUGAGGCGGCACGUUGCCAUGGAAACAGCAGACAAAGCCGUUUAGACGCUGCCAUUGAUAUGUUUUAUCGGCACGAGCCGCACAGAGGUGAAUCAGACGUGCUGGAUGCCCUGCAGCGUUACACCACCGUAGGCACCAUCUGUCAGGUUUUUUCCUGCCAGUGUGACGGUUUCAAAGGGAGCCACAGCUACAGGACGGGGCUCGUCUUCAUCACUGACGCCUCCUCUGAUUUGUCACCAAACAGAUGGAAGGACAGUCACUGUGGAUAUCAGAGGCCAAAUCCUGAGGAGGCUCAGAAUGGGGUUCAGAAAAGGGUUCAGAACGGUGCUCAAAACAGGACUCAGAACGGUGCUCAGAACGGGACUCAGAACGGGGUUCAGAACGAGGCUCAGAACAGGACUCAGAACGGUGCUCAGAACGGUGCUCAGAACGGUGCUCAGAACGGGGUUCAGAACGAGGCUCAGAACAGGACUCAGAACGGUGCUCAGAACGGUGCUCAGAACGGUGCUCAGAACGGGGUUCAGAACGAGGCUCAGAACAGGACUCAGAACGGUGCUCAGAACGGGGCUCAGAACGGGGUUCAGAACGAGGCUCAGAACAGGACUCAGAACGGGGCUCAGAACGGUGCUCAGAACGGUGCUCAGAACGGGGUUCAGAACGAGGCUCAGAACAGGACUCAGAACGGUGCUCAGAACGGUGCUCAGAACGGUGCUCAGAACGGGGUUCAGAACGAGGCUCAGAACAGGACUCAGAACGGUGCUCAGAACGGGGCUCAGAACGGGGUUCAGAACGAGGCUCAGAACAGGACUCAGAACGGUGCUCAGAACGGUGCUCAGAACGGUGCUCAGAACGGGGUUCAGAACGAGGCUCAGAACAGGACUCAGAACGGUGCUCAGAACGGGGCUCAUAACAGGACUCAGAACGGGGCUCAUAACAGGACUCAGAACGGUGCUCAGAACGGGGCUCAGAACAGGACUCAGAACGGGGCUCAUAACAGGACUCAGAACGGGGCUCAUAACAGGACUCAGAACGGGGCUCAUAACAGGACUCAGAACGGGGUUCAGAAUGAGGCUCAGAACAGGGUUCAGAAUGGUGUUCAGAACGGUGCUCAGAACGGGGCUCAGAACAGGACUCAGAACGGUGCUCAGAACGGGACUCAGAACGGGGCUCAUAACAGGACUCAGAACGGGGUUCAGAAUGAGGCUCAGAACAGGGUUCAGAAUGGUGUUCAGAACGGUGCUCAGAACGGGGCUCAGAACAGGACUCAGAACGGUGCUCAGAACGGGACUCAGAACGGGGCUCAGAACAGGACUCAGAACGGGGCUCAUAACAGGACUCAGAACGGGGUUCAGAAUGAGGCUCAGAACAGGGUUCAGAAUGGUGUUCAGAACGGGGCUCAGAACAGGACUCAGAACGGGGUUCAGAACGAGGCUCAGAACAGGGUUCAGAAUGGUGUUCAGAACGGGGCUCAGAACAGGACUCAGAACGGUGCUCAGAACGGGGCUCAGAACAGGACUCAGAACGGGGUUCAGAACGAGGCUCAGAACAGGGUUCAGAAUGGUGUUCAGAACGGGGCUCAGAACAGGACUCAGAAUGGAGUUCAGAACGGGGCUCAGAACAGGGUUCAGAACGGGGCAUCAGGACAAGGCUCAGAACAGGGCUCAGAAUGGGUUUCAGAACGGGACUCAGAACAAGGUUCAGAAUGA